GCUCCGCCGCUGCGAUUCGCAGGCGCUGUCUGCUCCAGCUGUUCUACGCUAUGAAACCUCCCAGCCGCCUACAUGAUGUGAGCAGGUGAGAAUGUCUGCCGACAAGUCCAAAUGAUAUUUUCAGGUGUUCUACUGAUCUUGGCACUGACAGAAGAACUGGUGUUUGCUGUUCAGGUAUUGUCUCCCAGCUUGGCAUCAUCCAGGGGCCUCCAAACAGACAAUAUCAAUAUCUCAGCUAUGGGAACAACUCCUGGACACAAAGGCCAUCACACAGCCAAACCUUUGUCCACAACAACUCUUGCAGGCUUUCAUUCCGCCAGUCCAGUGGAGACUUCUGCUCCUUCAAUUGACCAGAAGAAACCAUCCAGCAACCAUCCUGUUGGCAACAAAGGACCCUAUCACUUAUACAACCAGAGUGCUUUGUUUUCUGGAAAGACUCGCCCCAAAGGGAAACUAUUCCAGAUGGUUCAAGGCAAUUCCACAGAACUGACAGGGCCUUAUCUAAAGACAGAACUGCAUUCUCCUGCUACCACCAGGAACUGGUCUCCACCACAUCAUCCAUUUCUGCUUCGGCCUACAGCCUACAGCACCCGGAGAAGCAGCAUUCUGCCAGUAAACACGACAGACUCAGUUGCAUCUUUCCACAGUGAUACCUCAGAAGGCCUUAACAAAGCAGAAAAAGGGAGUUCACCAGAAUCGGCUACGCAGGAAACUGAACUCAGCACCCCAGCAACUGGCCCAGCAACGGUUUCAGAAAUGGUGACAGUGCCUUUUAAACCCCCGCAGUAUGGCAUAUGGGAUAUCCUAAGCAAAAAUCACUCUUGGGUAACAUCGAACCAGAGUACAAACCAGGGACCUCUUUUUGCUAGCUCUGGGACUGCAACAGCGGCAGCAGCAACAUUUGCUCACUCUGGUCAAACUAGCAUGGAUGUCAACGGCUCCUCCUUGCAUACGACAGGAAGCCCUACUCAUGGGACAUCCGUCAUACUGCAUCCCUCUGAGCAUAAUACCAGCUUGCCGAGCGAUGCGCUUUCCACAGAGCCCUCUACCUGGCUGCCGAGUUCCACUUCGACAGCAACAGAAAAUUUCCUAAACAGACUGGUACCUGCUGGAACCCGGAAUCCUGGCAAGCCGGGGAACAUUUCUCAUGUCACAGAGGGGGACAAGCCCCAACACAGGGCAACCAUUUGUCUCAGCAAAGUGGAUAUAGCAUGGAUCGUAUUGGCCAUCAGCGUACCCAUAUCUUCAUGCUCUGUCCUACUGACUGUCUGCUGCAUGCGAAGAAAGAAGAAAACAUCUAACCCAGAAAACAACCUGAGCUACUGGAACAACGCAAUCACCAUGGACUACUUCAACAGACAUGCUGUGGAGUUACCAAGAGAGAUCCAGUCCCUUGAAACAUCAGAGGACCAUCUUUCUGAGCCUCGCUCCCCAGCCAAUGGUGAUUACAGAGACACCGGCAUGGUCCUUGUGAACCCUUUCUGUCAAGAAACCUUAUUUGUAGGACGUGAACAAGUGUCCGAAAUAUGAGCCCUCUCCACUGCUCUGGUACUUGCAGUCCCAUCUUUAUGGUUUCCAAAUUAUAAAUAUAUAUAUUAUAAAUAUAACCUUUGUGUAACCCUGAAUUAUGAGAAACAUUUUCAGCUCCCCACUCCCCAAGAAUUAUCAACCUCUUUUUUAUAAGUGUGAUUAAAAACUUUACAGACCAAACUUCAGCUUUAUAUAAUAAAAGCUAUU